AGACACGAGACGGAUUACCUACCAGUGAUGGGUGCAAAAGGUAUCACAAAAGAAUGCAGGUGCUUUCAGCAAUACUGCUCAACUGUGCUGACGUCGUUUUUCACUGCAGGUGGCAGGACGCUUGUCCUCUCUCCAAGUUAUCCCUCCUCCACCAAGAAAGGUUCCUACCCUUCAUUCCACUCCUUUCUCUCCUCAAUCAGUUCAAGUCCGACAGGCCUGCACCUGCUCCCAGAGCGUCCGCCUGAGUGGUCUCGGGGGACCUCUGUCAGGCUGGUGACUGAUGGGGGUCCCUGCCUCAGCCCAGCGCUGCCAUCUAGCGACACUGAUUCACUAGAUUCCACCCUGCUGGCCGAAAGACCCUGAGGAUUUCUAGGUCCUGGCUUAAGAGAGACAUACCACAGGCUAUAAAGGGGGAAACAAGAGGAGAGGCAGCUUUAAAUAGUUACCUGAACACUAGGAAUGUACAUUCUAUACAUUACCAGUUCCAAUUUGUAUUUCUUUGAAGAAAGCUAUGGAAACGACGACUAUUACCCAGUCUGGAAAAAUCAGAACUGUUGGUAACACUCUGAUUAUUACCAUCAGUGUUUCCUUGGAUCUGCGGUGGGGACAGUCCCAGAGGAAGAAUAAGUCUUAGCGACCAUCAUCCUAGCCGCCAACAAUGAGUCUGAGGGUGCGGCCUUCUCCACCCCCUCCUCUGUGACAAAUAACAGCAAAGCAAAGGUAAACGUUCUACCUGAAAUUUUUAAAAACCUAAGACCCUCUAUGACCUUGAAUUAUAUAGAGGGUUAAUUUUUAUCGGACUUUUUGUGGUUACUUGACCUGGGCUACCCUGGGCAGAGACCUCACUCGGUGCUCUUCCUGGGCCCCAGUUUUCAGAAGCGCGUAAAAUGCGUGAGACGGGCCUUUAGGUCGCAGCGACCCUCCACAGCAGGUCUCACGCCCGCAUUCCGGAGCUUGGCUGGGCAGGCUUGUGGGGAUGCAGAGCUGCACAGGGCUUCGCCCUUGUGACACGACUUAGCCCUUAAACCCUGAGCGUCACGGCCCCCUUUUACAGUUGGGGACACUGAGCUGCAGAGACAGACCUGCCAGAGGACACAGCCAGGAAACGAGAGCUGGGCUGGGAGCUGAGCCCCGACUUCCUCCGGAAGUGCCGACGGGGGCAUCUCGGGCCUGAGGACGGGUGUCGUCACGAGAGUCCCUGGCCCGGACUGUAGCCGGGCCGCCCGCCGCGUCCUCGCUGCUGCUGUUUCCCCAAGGAGCUCGACGGCUCCCGGCACCAGAGGGGCACCGGGGCCUGGCCCCUGGGAAAGUCACUUCACCUCUCCUAAUUCCCAUUUGCUGACUGCCUCGUGGGGCUGCCGUGAGGACCAAGUGAGCGCUUCGCAUGCAGUGAUGAGAAAUAAACGCUCCGUUCUGCUGCUUUUUUCAGGCCCACACACCCGAUGAGACCGGCUCACCCCAGGACCUGAUUAAGAAGCCCUAUCGUAAAGCGACGGAAUGAAGGUGCUGCUCAGAUGUCUCUCAGAAACAGGAAAUGGGAGGCCUGAGAGAGUAGAUUUUGUGCAUCCUUCUUGCUUUGGAGUAUGCUGCCAGAGCCGCCUUUAAGAGCAACAUGAUUUAAAGUGACUGCAGGGAAGACUUAGGAGUGAGGUGCAGAAACUAACCCUGCCGGUGAUCAUUGGAAGGACGCAAUUUACUCCAGAGGAAAAGCGAAGUACUCCAAGCGUAGGAGGGAGACUGUGAGGAGAGCAGACCAACCUUUCCACCUCACGCUGGUGCCUGCAGGGCGCCAUGCACACAGGCAGGUGUCUGACGGCUGCGUCCGAGGCCCAGGAGGAAAGGGGUCCUGCCCAACCCUAAGCACUGUCUGUGCCUGGGAUACACUUCGUCUCCUUUCCCCGCUCCCACACACACGGUGAGAACAGGUUGGCAUGCUGCUCUGUAAAGAGUGCACGUUUCUACCACGCUUUCAAGAUUUUUACUGCGAUUGCUUAGAACCCUACAAAUACUGCCCCAGAAUCUUCCUUAACUUCCCAAACUUAAGAAAACGGCAUAUGUUGUCAUUUAUCACCUUGUUAUUCCCACACCAUCCUCCACUUUGGAACAGAAAGGGGAAAGGGCCUGGAAUUCAGGAGGCAGAACUGUGAGUUUGAUAAUAUACUGAUAUUGGCGAAAUAUAUUACUAAUAACAAGUGAACAGGACUACUUAGAAAGCAACCAAAGUAGCGAGUGGUAUAAUUUUGACACUUUCAGUCCAGAACUCAGGGAAGCAUUUUUGAAAAGAUGCCUCCAAUGUGCACGCUAGAAAGUUCAGAUUUUUAAGUCUGAAUGUUUUCUGAGGAAGAUCAUCCAAAAUGAGCAUUCAGUGAUUUUAAUCCUACAAAUGUGCCAAUUAACCUAGUAAAACUGCCGUCAUUCCAGGCUCAGGGGCACAUAAACGCUGUCUGUUCGCUUUUAACUGUCUCGUUUCUUUCUGCUUUAUCAUUAAAACAUGAAGGAAUAACGGAAGUGAAUGUUUGAAGGGAAGCUUGGAAGGUGCCAGAAAACCUUAUAACGUUGAAACACACACAACCAACAAACCAGCCUUUUAAAUUUAACUCAGCUGCUCACUGCUUUUCCAUUGCAGACAAGUCCUCAGUGUUUAAAGCUAUAGCGCGAAUCCCGCGUUCGAAUUCUUAAGGUGGUUCUCUGUUAACCAUCCAGCUUGUAACGCGUAUCUGAGGCCUCCUGCACGGUCAGUGAUUUACGUGCUAUGGACAAAACAUCUGCAUUUCCCGGUUUAUGAAACCUAACUUGCAGCCCACAGGUCUCGGGAAAGCCUGCCGCUUGCACACACAAUGCAACUGGAGGACGCAGCAAACGGUGCACGACAGCCAUUCCAAACCGGAGAGCAGGACAGGGGAACCUAGCAACGCAGCAAAACAAAGUCAAACAUCUGUGUUUCGAUUCCGCCGUGUCUUCAAGAUGGGGUUAGAGUCGGCCAUAAGCGGAGCCGGCGGUCCUCGGUUCGGCACCCGCCUGCUGUAACGCGGCACAGUCCCUCAGGGCCCCGCUCAACCGUGCGACUGUCUCCCGGGAGCUGCCGGGCUGAGGACGCUCCGCGGCCAGCGCCCGCCGGAGCUGCGUUCUGCCCCAGGUGGAGACUGCACGCCACCAACAACGUCUGACGUGCUUCUUAUUCCCUGAAGGCCGACCCAGGUGGAAAAUCAUUCUAUAAAAUAAUCUGCUGACCGCAUUGUCCUCUUUCCUUGCUUCUCACCCUUUCUGUUGGCUGCUCUCGGGGAUUAUCUUCCGCUGCUCUGGAGAGCUCGGCCGUCUGUGUUUCAUUACCGAACUCAUCUUUCCAUCAGCCUUUGCCUCUUUCCCUCGGUCACUUCGCAUCGUGGAGGCCACGGUGCACCAGAAAAGAGAUGGAGUUGUCUCCCUCCUAAACCCAAAUCCUUCCAUAACGUGGAAAAAAAUGAAGGUACCAAAGGGCGUCAAGGAAGCAGGGAGCCCAGGUCAGUGGACCCCACGUUAUGCUUCUGGGACUAACGUAUCUUGAAACACUUAGCUUUUACUUUUGAGAUUUUUUUUCAGUGCCUAUUUACAUCACGCUUCUUUUAAACCGUGUUGUAAUUCACAAACUACAAUAAGGGCGAAGUCCUUUACUGCACCGUAGCGUGACGCGUGUCUGUCACCACGUUCCUACGGCAGCAAGGGGCAGGCCGAGGGACGGCGCGCUGCUCGUCAGGCCCGAGACGCCGCCGUGUUCUCCUAAGUGGGCAGCACGUUCACUCCAGUUUCUCGGUGGUGCCUCACAAGACCCACAUCCGGCAGCUGCGGACACACCUGCUACUGAAGAGCCGGCCGGAGAGGAAGCGUCACCCCUGCGCGGACAUCAGCGGGCGCCUCACUCAGAAGCCUGGAGCGGCGACUGCCGAGCGCCGCGAACACCGGAAGUCACAACCGUGUCAGGCUGCGGGCCGGCGCCCACGCGGGGCACGUCCUCGGAGUCCCCUCGGGAGCCUCGCCUCGGACGCCGGCCUUUCGGUCAUGUCGGUGGGAGAGGAGCCGCUUAGUCACGAGAAGGAGCCCCAUUCGCGAGGAUCCUCGUGGGCCCGACCUCGCGAGCCGGCGGGAUUCUGGCAUCGGGAGCUGCUCUGCCACCGGGGCCGCGAGGGCUCUGGGGCGCGGGCCAGCCUCGCCGCUGUUUGCCUGACUCACAGCCAGGGCGGGAGGGCCUGCCAGGAGAGCCGGGCGUCCGGUGACCUGCGGGAGGCGGCCACUCCCCAUCUCUCUGUCUCGUCCCCGCAAGGUAAAGGGCGAAGACCCAGACAGGGCGGGCCCCGGGGGGCGCGGCCAGGGCUCUGGGGCGGCAGCAGAGCGCACGACCCGGCACGAGGGCGGCUCCCCGCCAGCCCAGCCGUGCACGUGGGGCCUGCAGCCGAGCCCUCCUCCCAGGGCCCCGCCGGGCACGCCUCUCCCAGGGUGGAGGCCGGGAGACCCUGCGCCGGCACCGUGCUGGGGAGAGUCCAGCCCGCACUGACUUCUGGACUCGUGGCGCUGAGGGAGGGACACGCCGGGCUCCACGGCUCCUGCCAGCUCAGCGUGCUGCUCCGAGAGGGGGACCAGCGUCCUCGAGCUUCAACAGCGGCAGUGACCUGCACUGACGAAGCACGUCACAUGCCAGGUAACCGAGCGCUUUACAGGCAUCGUUUAGAUUCGUGUUAUUUUUCUCACUUCAUGGACGAGGAAGCGGGCGCAGAGAUUCAGGACCUGCUAAAGGCCACGCGGCCAGGACCCAACUCAGACCUGCCCGGUGCCGGGGGCUCGCUCUUACCCCCGGCUCUUCCGAAUUGUCCCCACUGUCUCCACUCCUGGUCUUCGUCCUGUCACUUCCGUCUUCUGACUUUGCCCCUCCUCCUUUCCCAUGUUGACACGGACAUCUUCAGCCCUCCUUCCCCUGGCUGGUCAGGGGUUUAGUAAACACGCAGAGACCGCCACCCUGGAGCCCAGCGGCCUGCCCGCUGCCACUUGCCUGGUCCUUCCCGUUGGAACUUUCCCACGUGGAACGAUACGUCACCCGAAGAAGACUAGAAGCAGACUCAAAACUGCAGUCUGACAUUUACCUUUUCUUCUAUAACAUUGCUCACUCCAGUAACAACAGUUCAAAACAUUCACUAGGACAAAGGCCUUGAAGUGGACAGCAGGACCCCAGGAAUGGUGAGUACAUAAGGAGCACAGUGAAUUCCAGCUCCAUAAGCCACCCUAGCCUUCCUAGGGCACGAGAGAAGGACCCAGAGCGAAGAAAAAUUCUGCAUUUUGCUGAGCACUCCACUACUUUUUUAAGAGGCAGAAAACUGAAAAUCAAAAUUGGUUAAUAGAGUUGUAGUAGUAACAUCAAAGAUCAACGAUCAUAGACCACCAUAACAAAUGUAAUAAUAAUGAAAAAGUGUGAAAUAUAACAAGAAUUACCAAAGGUAACACAGACAUGUAAAGUGAGCAAAUGCUAUUAGAAAAACAGCAGUGAUAGACUUACUCAACACGGGGUUGCCACAAAACUUCAAUGUGUAAAAUACGCAAUAUCUACAAAGUGCAAUAAAGAUGGAAUUAAAAAAAAAAGUAGUCAAGGAAACAUACUAAAAAUAUAAUUAUAAAAAGAGAGUUCCACUUUCGUUCCCUCAAAUACGAACAACAUGAACACAAAUAAGCGUUAAAAUGGAACUUAUUAGUAAAGGUUGUGAUUUUGACUAUUUUUCAAAGAGAUGGUCAUGUGUUCACUGAUUGAAAAGUUAGAACCUCAAGAAGGCGCGUUAACUUGGAAACUGUUUCCUGUCAGUGGAGAGUCGGCUGUCCUGGAUCACAGCCUAAUUUGUGGGCAAUUUCAGUUUCACUCUUAUUACUGUCAUUGCAGAAAUGUAUCUUUACAUGACAAUGUAACCUCAGGACAGGAUAACACUGUACAAACUUUCAGAAGUCCGUAAGCUUUGCUAAAAUUAUUUGUAUCAUUUUCUAACAAACACUUAAUAUUUCCUUCAAAAGAAAUAAUGAAAUAGGGAAUGAUAUAAAUAGAUCAGAGAUUUUUUAAAAAGAUAACUUCUGGGCAAUCUUCAUCAGUUAUAUAAUAAAACUGUUAACUUUAGCUUUUUUUUUUAAAAAAAAGAGUGUUUUUUACCAAAAUGGGAAAAGAAUUUUAAAAAGAAUAUAUAUAUGUGUAACUGAAUCACUUUGCUGUAUGACUGAAAC